UUGAAAUCAAUAGGCGUCCGUUGUUCCGCGAUGAAAGGCUUCUAUGCGGUCACGCGCGGAUACCGCAAACCGGUGGUAUGAUUACGUCUGCUCAUCGCUCACAGGUCGUUCGGGAUGCCCUCUUGUGAUGGAUCAUCAAGCGUUUCCGAAUUUUGAAGGCACAUCUCGGAGGAACGAGGAAUAGGGAAAAGGAAACCAGAAGAACUACGGCUCCGAGACCAGUCCCUGAAAUUUACCUUCGGAUUUGGGGAAAGUUCGGAAUUCGUACCGUGAAACACUACUAAAAUUGUCAGAGUAGAAAGAGGAAACCCGAUCGAAUCGCCUUCCACCAAAAAUUCACGAGUCGUCGUUCUUUGGUUCUGCGAAUUCUUUGUUUGAUAUCCCGUCUUUUUCGAGUCCACGACCCUCCCGAUCCUGAUCUUAUUGUGGCGCGGGAUUCAAAAAUGGGUUUACUGGGGCAAAGGGCGGUCUCCAAUCCCUCGGCCGUGCUUUCAGCGCUGGUAAGCAAGAGGGACAAUCUCCAGGACGAGCUCCGGGUCAUCGAGAGACAAAUCUAUGACCUAGAAACUACAUAUUUACAAGACUCAAAUCAGAAUGGAAGUGUGCUGAAAGGUUUUGAAGGUUUCUUGUCAUCAUCAAAGAGUACUGCUAACCUGAAGCGUUCCAGAAGGUUUCAGCCUGAAGACAGGCUAUUCUCCUUGUCAUCAAUUACCUCCCCAGUGGUUGAAGAACAUGUUGCUGGUCGGGAUGAGGGAAGGUCUGAAUAUGGUCCAGGUCGAUCACGGGGUGGAGGAACUCCUGCAAAUGGACAAGGAAAGCCGAAGAAGGGGGGAAGAAUCGCUUUGAGAGAGGGGAAAAGGCUACGACCAUCAAUUGAACAGGAAUUGGAUGAUGAAGAAGACCUUGAUAUAGUUUGAGAUGGUUGUUAUGCUUGGUUAUAUAUAUAUAUAUAUAUAUAUAUUGGACUUGCUGCAUCUUAAUUGUUUUCACAAAGGCUUCAUCUCUUGAUGAUGAGAGUUUUGUUUAUCAGUUCUAUCUGCCGUGCCAACUAUUCUGAUAUUGCAUAGAAAAUUUCAGGAGAAAGAGUUUUUUGUUUUUUGAAACGCUCUUUCAGAGCCUCUUAAUUUUGAUUAUCGAGUGGCUGACUAUACAUUUGAAUUUAUAGUGGCCGACUCACCUAAUAUUUAUUGGCAUAGUUAUUUGAUCCCAAUUAGGGCAACCAGUUGGAUUGGAAAACUUGAUAAAUUUAAGUUUGUAAUGUCUCUCUUUGUUACAUUUUCA